UUGCCUAUCUGAUUCUGAGCUCAAUAAUGGCGGUUAAGAUAUCAUUAUGCCGUACUAAAAAAAUGACUGUCGUCAUAAAAAGGGCCAUUGACGGUGUUGAUCUUACAUUUAUGGGAGGGGCGGAAUACGUAAAUUCAGUUUAUAAGCAAUACACCAACUAUUCCAAUAAUAUUUGUAAGCUGUUUAUUGUUUGGUCAUUCGUUGUCGGAUCUUUAUUAAAUAGCUACAGCUUUAUAGAUUAUGUGAAAUACCUUAAAGGCAGAUACAACGAUACCGAAAAACCAUUACAUAUUCCAUGUUGGUAUCCAUUCGACAUCAAUAAAUUUUAUGGAAUAGUCAUCUUCUAUGAAAUAUUUUCAGUCUACUAUGUUGAUUUUUUGAAUAUAUGCUUCCAAGUUCUAUUUAACACUUUAAUGAUACAAAUUUCUGCUGACCUGAAAAUUUUACAGUUCAACUUUAAAAACUUUUCCAAAAAUAUUGAUACUGGAGAGGAGCUAUCUGAGGAAGAGGCCUAUUUACAUUUUAGAGAAUGUGUUAUUAAUUAUCAGAAAGUUAUUGAACACACUUAUCGCUUAAAUACCGAGCUGAAGUAUGUCCUACUGGUAGAAUAUGGUAGUUCCUCCAUAAUGCUUGCAGCUGUUUUAGUACAAAUUAUGCAGGGAAAAAUGCUUUAUUUCAACUAUCCCUUUUUUGGAAUACUUUCAUUUCAAUGGGGAUUGCUAGCUUGGAAUGCCAAUGAAAUAGUUCUACAGAGCCAAGCCUUGGCCAUGGCUAUUUUUGAGAGUAACUGGUACGAGCAGAGCAAACGUAUAAAUCAGAUGGUAAUUAUUACAGUGCUUAGAAGCAGAAGACAUCUGUAUUUAAGCAUUGGGCCUUUUGGAGAGAUGGUGAUCGAUUCAGCUGUAUCUCGGCUUAAAUUAGCUUAUUCCUUUGUAUCGGUGAUGUCUUAAAAAAAUUCGAAAUAAUUUGAAAAAUCUAUACAAUAGGACUAUCACCUGUAAUUAGACUAGAAAAGAUUAGAUUUAAAUUAAAUUAGAAAUGAGCAUAAA